AUGGCCGCCGCGUACAAGCUCCUCCUCUCCUGCCCCGAAGGCCUCCCUCGAUCCCGAGUUUCGGUGAGGUUUGGUCCGUCCUUUGACCGGAUCCACCACCCGGACGCAUCCCUGGAGGAUUCUAUAGGCGAGGUGAUCUGGAAUCAAAGGCUCCAGCAGAACCCAUCGCUGUACAACGGUACGAAAUUUCGGUAUGGAGGGCAUGCCUUGCACCGCAGUGAUGAAUCAAAUCAGGUGUACUGUGUCUCACUUCAUUUGGGACUCACAGAUUAUAGGACAUUUGUUGGAACAAAUCUCAGUCCACUGUGGGAGAAAUUUUUGGUCCCCUCUCAAGAUGACUCUGUGUAUUGCCAACACAUGUCAAAUCCACUGGGAAAUGGUGCAAUCGUUGAAACAUCUGAUGAAAAAAUUAUUGUAUUGCAAAGGAGCAACAAUGUCGGCGAGUCUCCUGGACACUAUGUUUUUCCUGGAGGACAUUCUGAGCCACAAGAAGUUGGAAUCUUGGCUCAUCAAAAUGAAGAAAAAGAUGUCAGUGGUCUCAUUGAAAGAAUUUCAAAUGAAAUGUUUGAUGGAAUCAUCCGUGAAGUAGUUGAGGAAACUGGAGUUCCUGCUAGUUCACUGACAGAACCCAUUCUCAUUGGAGUUUCUCAGCGAGAAACGAAUGUUAGACCAGCAGCAUUCUUUUACAUGAGAUGUAACAUUGAUUCCAGCGCCGUAACUGAGCUUUAUGCUAGAGCUCAAGAUGGUUAUGAAUCCACCAAGCUCUAUGCAGUAUCAUUGAAAGAAUUACGAGAAAUGAGCCAGCGGUUGCCUGGUUGCCACCUAGGGGGCUUUGCUCUGUAUGAACUUAUGAGGAACGCUUCGGAAAGUUCGUGA